AUGUUGGCGCCUCGAGAUUGGAGUGUUGACGCUGUUGUGUCGAGACUGCGCAGGACCUCCUGUGGGCAGUCGGCCUGUCCGCUCGAAAGGGAAUCGAAUGAAAAUUUUUGGGAAAAAGAGGAGCGGGAUGUAGAACUGUUUACCCCACCGUUCAGUAAUACAUUAGAACCGAAAACGUUAUUUUCAUCCAUCUCAAAUGUUUUCAAACGUAAAAAAGAUGCGACGGCUGAGCACGAAGAAAGUGAAUUUGCAAAGAUGACUGAAGCGGAACGAAUCCAGAAGCUGCAAGAAGAAAUGCUAAAAACUCAGAGCCUGUACCAACGUGAGCUUGAAAGAUUGGAGAAAGAAAAUAAAAAUUUGAAGCAAAGAUUAUUGCUCAAAGAUCAGGAUGCUUCACGAAGACUCAAGAAAAUCAAGAGAUCCUUAAUCGAUAUGUAUUCGGAGGCACUGGAUUUGCUCAACGAUUAUGAUUCAUCUUAUAAUACAGCCGAUAAUUUACCACGAGUAGUUGUCGUUGGAGAUCAGAGUUCUGGUACGGCGUUUUUAUCGAUUGAUGUACAGAUAUGCGAUAGUUGCAGCUAUGGCAUUAGUUUUGUAAUGCAGCGUAUUACACAACUAAUUUGA